UUCAAGUUCAUAAUAAACAUCUCUCUCUCUAACACACACACACACAUACACACACACACAUAGGGAAAGCACUCUCACUAGUCUUUCCACCAACAAGAAAAGCACUUCAGUUCUCUGCUCAACCUCGAAGACUCUAGUUGCAGGCCAUAUCCAUCAAAUCCAGAAUGUCGGAGCCACCUUUUAGACCCAGGGAGAAGCUUAUGGAGAAGCAGAAGUACUUCCAAAGCAUUGGCAAACCCACAUACUUGAAAGGACCCUUUGACAAGGUCACCUCAGUUGCCAUUCCCCUUGCAUUGGCAACUACCUCUUUGUUUCUCAUUGCACGAGGAAUCUACAAUCUGGCCAAUGGGAUAGGAAAGAAGGAAUAAGAACUCUCUCUCUGUGUUUAAUGAAGACCCAUAAGUUUGCCACCUUUGGGUUGUGCAUAUUAUGCAUAUGGUUUUAAAUGGGAUUGUUGAAGGUUGUCUAUUUCCAUUUUAAUGAUGACAGUCUCAGAUUACAACUUUGAACUUGCAUGUUUCAAGCUUCUAGGUCUUUGGUAUCUGUGAUACAGAAUGUUUUAAUCUCAAUCCCCAUUGCAUUCGUAGUAUGAUUAUGCAUUUUCAUUUUACCUUCAUGUAAAUGUUUCCUUGAAAAAUUUGAACGUUUACUAGUGUGAAAAAGACUUUCAUUUGGCUA